CUUUCAAAGCACAUUAGGAGCAACGUCGGGCACACCCGAGACCUACAAAUACUGGGUCAACAUCUCCUCUCGAUCAUCCCCCUCAAACUCGUCUCCUUCCACUACUUAUCAUGUCCCCCCGUGUCGCCAUCGUCAUUUAUACCCUCUACGGCCAUAUUGGCAAGUUGGCUGAGGCCGUCAAGAGCGGUGUCCAGUCUGCUGGGGGCCAAGCCCAGAUCUUCCAAAUCCAGGAAACUCUCUCUGAAGAGAUCUUGGCCAAGAUGCACGCCCCGCCAAAACCGAACUACCCCGCCUUCGCACCAGGAGACCUCGCCAACUACGAUGCCUUCCUCUUUGGUAUCCCCACACGUUACGGAAACUUCCCCGCUCAGUGGAAGGCCUUCUGGGACGCCACUGGCGGUCUUUGGGCGUCUGGUGCCCUGUCAGGCAAAUUCGCCGGCGUCUUUGUCUCUACCGGUACACCAGGUGGUGGUCAAGAAAGCACCGUCAUAGCGUCUCUUUCUACACUCACCCACCACGGCAUCAUCUACGUGCCCCUUGGGUACAAGCACGCUUUCCCACAGCUAGCCAACUUGAACGAAGUUCGCGGUGGUUCACCAUGGGGAGCAGGCACGUUUGCGGCUGCUGAUGGCUCUCGUCAGCCUAGCGCCUUGGAACUUGAACUCGCUACCAUCCAAGGGAAGAUGUUUUACGAGACUGUCUCGAAGCACACGUUCUAGGAUGCUUGACUUGUCCACAAAUGCGUUCGAUGACUGAUGCGUAUGAUGAUCUUUCGGGUGUAGGAUGUAUAAAUAUGUAUUUAAGUUGAUACGUGUACGACUUUAUGCAACAUGCCUUGGCAUUACAAAGCUCAUCAUCAUCCAAACUUCUACUCGCUGCUGUUGUUCAUGAAGGGCUGAUUCGUGACAGUAGCAUCCAGUGUAAA